GAGAGACACAGACACACAGAGAGAGACACAGAGACACAGACCCCCCCAGACCCCGAGGCUAUGCAGACACACGGUCCCCCCGGGGACGGCGAAGUGACUUUGACCAUCAAAACCCCCAGUCAGAGGUGUGGGGACCACACGGUGUGGGCGCGGCUCAGUUGGACAGUCCGGAGGCUCAAAACACAGCUGUACCGGGAACACCCGAACCAUCCCACCGAGCAGGAGCAAAGGCUGAUCUACUUUGGGAAGUUGUUGCUCGACGACCUUCUACUGAGCGAAGUAUUACAGAAGGAGGAACAGUACCACAUCCUUCACAUGGUCUGUAACCUGAGAACAAGCCUGAAAUCUCCACAGCCAGAAAGAACAAUGCAGGAAGCGUCUGUGCCCACAGCCUCCGGGCAGGAGAACCUGACUGUGCCCGUGACUGUGCCCGUGACGGUGCCCGUGACAGUGCCCGCGGAGGGCCUCCGGCAUAGAGGCCAGACCGCCUACCCCUGGCCGUACGGUGCAGUGCCUGUGGGUGAGAGGGUGCCAAUGCCAGAGGGCAUGUCCGGCCUGGCUGCCUAUAACCUGUACAGCUCGCAACAGAUCCUCUGGUUCCAGCAGAUGUACGUGAGGCAAUAUUACAUGCAAUACCAGGCUGCCGUGGCCGCUCAAGCCGCAGCCAACUCCCAGCAGCUGCAGCAGCCGGUGGUGACCCCAGGGCCACCUGCGGGGCUCCCCGACCAGCCCCCCCUGGUCAACCUGCCGGUGGACCACCACGUCCCCCUGCCUGCCGCCAACGAGCCCCCAGCCAACCAGAACCUGCGCAUGAACGCUCAGGGGGGGCCGGUGAUGGAUGACGAGGAAGAGCUGAACCGCGACUGGCUAGACUGGAUGUAUCUGGCUGCCCGCGCCUCCUUCUUCUUCAGCAUCAUCUACUUCUACUCCUCGCUGAGCCGUGUGGUGCUGGUGAUGAGCGCCAUGAUUCUGGUCUACCUACAUCACACGGGCUGGUUUCUGUUCAGACGGCGAGUCCCCAACAACGACCCUCCAGCCCCAGGCAACCUAAAUCAGGCCAACCAGGCUGCCCCGCAGGACCAGGAGCCCAGACCCGAGGAAGAUCAAGACUUGGUGAAUCGUUCUGAGAGCGGUGAGAGUGACCGUCCAGAGCCAGGUGAACCCCCUGCCUCUCCAGACAUUGACCCCGUCUCCCCAGCUACCGACCCUGCCUCCACAGACAUGGGCCCCAUCUCCCCGGACAGCAACCCUGCCCCCACCCCCGGGACAGAGAGGAGUACCAUUGUGAACACCGCCUGGGUUUUUUUGAAGACCUUCUUCGCCUCUCUGAUCCCAGAGGGACAGGGGGCCGCAGUGAACUGAACUGACUCUUGACUCGGGCCCGGGACUCUCCCAAGGUGCAAUGGUGGUCUAGGGGCUCGGCCCCCACCGGGCAGGAUGGGCUGGGACACACCUGGUCAGUGACUCCAGUUCCACUCCACCUGGUCCAGGUCUGAUCCCUGGGACACGUCGAACAACAGUGUAAAUAAUGUCAGACUGAUCCAGUCCAAGACAGGUUCCGAAAUGUGCAAUCGACGCUGACCUUCUCAAGCCAUCUUCAAAAUGGUGGCAACCUGUUUUGUGUUCGUUUCUCUAAUCGCGUCACUCGCUCAUGCGCACACUCACUGUGUCUCUCUUUCUCUGUUUCGCUCAUACUAUUCUCUUUCACUUCUCUCGUUUCUUCUUGCUGUAUUUAUUUCCCACUGUUCUUUCUC